CGAGGGGAACAUCUGAGGUCGAGGAACAAACACGAAUUCAUCUACGUAUUGUAUCCAUCCAUCCAUCCAUCUACUGGACUUGUGUGUUAAAACGUUACAGAAGCUGAAAAAUGAAGGGCAUCCAAGUUCUCGCUGGUAUUCUAUUUCUCCUCUUUGUUCAAAAAAGCAUUAGUGCGCCACUACAAGACGACAGCACAAGCACAGAGACAGUAGAAAAUCUUCUACCGAGAGGUCAAGAUGUCACGACGGCAAAGAGGCAUUCAGAGGGGACGUUCUCAAAUGACUACAGCAAAUACCUGGAGACCAGAAGAGCACAAGACUUUGUUCAGUGGCUCAUGAACUCUAAGAGAAACGGAGGUCCAAUCAGACGUCACGCUGAAGGCACUUACACCAGUGACAUCAGCUCGUACCUGCAGGACCAGGCCGCCAAGAACUUUGUCGCGUGGCUAAAAUCCGGACAGCCAAAACAACAGUAGGCUUCAAUGCUUAGUGACACCUGGCUUGUUGAUUGUGAGAGUGAUGCAAAUAAAGAAAGCAAGUGUGUGUGAGAGAAAAUUAACUGAUCACUUGAUUGCUUCUAACUCACCAAAUGCUUAUGCCAAUAAAUCGCGCUGAAACUGG